AUGUACGAAAGAGCGCUGCAAAGCCAUCAACGCCACGGAAAACGAUGGGGAUACCCCAUGUACAUCCUGCGACAGGAUAUUGCUGUCGGAUUUUGGAAUAAACCGAGUUAUCUGAUAUCCUUGGUGAUCAAUGAACUGGCCAAGCCAGCCGGCGAGAGAAUGGAGUGGCUGAUGUGGGUGGAUGCAGACUCAAUUAUGCUAAACAAUGACAUACCCGUGGAGAUUUUCCUUCCACCAUCGGACUUGAAAGAUGUUCACCUGGUAGCAGCCCAGGACCAGAAUGGCCUCAACACUGGAAUCAUGUUCCUGCAUGUCCACCCGUGGACGAUCAGUUUCCUGACCGAAACGAUGGGCUAUCCUUUGUAUCGACCUCAGAUUGAUCUUGGUCGAUCCGCCGACCAAGAGGCCAUGAGACGUGUGCUCAAUAAGACGACAGGGGGUCCGAAAGGGCAAGGUUACGCUGAUGGGGUCUUCUAUCUGCCACGACCAUGGAUUAACACCUAUGAAUGGGAUUGGGCAUAUGAAGGCAAACGAGGGGAUCUCCUUGUCCAUUUCCCGGGCUUGGAAGAGCAGCGAUGGCCGCACAUGGCGAAGUGGUUGAAUAUCGUUGAGACCACACCUCAUGAAUGGAACCUGCCACUUGAGGAGACUGGUUAUAUGAAUAGAACCACAACGUACUGGUCACAAAUACGAAGUGCAAAGGAUAGCAUCAAAUUUGCAGAGAAGAAGCUGCAGUCCGGAGAGGCAGUGUCGGGAAAUACCAAGGAGGCUGUUGGUGCGUUCAAGAAAGUACUGCGUGAGGAAUCGGACAACAUGGAGUUGGUGCAACAACAACUCCGAGAUCUGGAUGCGCUGAUUGGAAUGAUAUAG